UCCCGGAAGUGCAUGGAAAGGGGAAUUAUUCCAUGGGCAAAUAUCCUUCCUGACUGCUGUCCUGCUGCAAAUUGAGCUAUUUUUAUUAAACAAGAGAGAAUUAUGCGGCUGGUUUCAAGGUUCACGUAUUACUAAUUUGAUUUGAUCACGAAUAUUAAACGAUCAGAUUGCUAAUGUAUUUCUUGUUGAAAAGCACUUGGUGAAAAGGUAGCAAAUAGAGAAUCGUAAGGACACCUGUAGCACAGGAGCGCAGAGCAGCUGUCAAUCAUAUGAUCAUACCGCAGUGACGGCAGACACAGUCAAGCAGACAUGAGUUUCUUCGGCUUCGGACAGAGCGCCGAGAUCGACAUAGUUUUAAACGACGCCGAGACGAGAAAGAAAGCUGAGCACAAAACCGAAGAUGGCAAGAAGGACAAAUAUUUCCUUUUUUACGAUGGUGAAACUGUAAGUGGGAAAGUGAACGUCACCCUAAAGACUCCUGGAAAGAGACUUGAACAUUACGGGAUUAAAAUCGAGUUUGUCGGACAGAUUGAGCUGUAUUAUGAUAGAGGGAACCACCAUGAGUUUGUGUCUUUAGUGAAAGACCUCGCAAGACCUGGUGAGCUUUCACAGUCUCAGAGCUUUGACUUUGAGUUCACCCAUGUGGAAAAGCCCUAUGAAUCUUACACUGGCCAGAAUGUGAAACUAAGAUACUUUCUCCGGGCAACAGUCAGCAGAAGACUGAAUGAUAUCAUUAAAGAGAUGGAUAUUGUUGUGCAAACCCUGUGCACAUACCCAGAGCUGAACUCCUCCAUCAAAAUGGAAGUUGGAAUUGAAGAUUGUCUCCAUAUUGAGUUUGAAUACAACAAAUCCAAAUACCACCUGAGAGAUGUUAUAGUAGGGAAGAUUUACUUCCUUCUGGUGAGAAUAAAGAUUAAGCACAUGGAAAUUGAUAUAAUAAAAAGGGAAACGACUGGCACAGGUCCCAGCGUGUACCAUGAAAACGAUACCAUCGCUAAAUAUGAGAUCAUGGAUGGAGCACCUGUGAGAGGCGAGUCAAUUCCCAUCCGUUUGUUUCUUGCCGGAUAUGAGCUGACCCCCACCAUGAGGGACAUCAACAAGAAGUUCUCAGUGCGUUACUACCUGAACCUGGUCCUUAUAGAUGAAGAAGAGAGACGAUACUUCAAACAGCAGGAGAUCACACUCUGGAGGAAAGGAGAUAUUGUGAGGAAAAGUAUGUCCCAGCAGGCUGCCAUCGCCUCCCAGAGAUUUGAGGGAUCACACUGUGAAAAUAUGUCCGCGCAGGCCAAAGAGGACAGUAACUGAAGAUGUACGUUUCCAGCGCAGUUACUGUCGAUACAGUGUUUUAUAAGUAAAGUCUUGAAGGGAUCAACAUGAAAGUUGUUUCGGGAGAUAUUCAAUCAAAAUUGUACAAGUCAGUCCGACUACUCAGAGAUAUGUAUAGAUUACAACAUAUUUUUUUAUUUCUCUUUCCAAUUAUGCUUAAAGUCUCAUUACAAAAUAAUGACCUACAAACAAUGCCUAAAAAUAUGCCUAAAAUAUUUCCUGUGUAAAACACACCGUUUCCAUCGCAAUUGCAAACCAGAUUUAUACUUAAGUUGUCAAAUACAUUCCUCUUCUUAUGCUCUAAUAUUGCUUUAUUAUUGUGCACCGAGAACUCUAGCGUCUAUCUUUUGUCCUGUUUAAUGAGCCUGAAAUGAAAUCACUGAGAGAUUUAUUGUGAUUAUAAAUCUGGAAGUUCAUGUACUCUUAAUGGAGCUCUGCGCAGUAUUAUUCUGUAACGUAAGAUAUUAAUAUUGAAGGCUUUCAUUGAUACUAUAGCCUUUUACUAUUAAAGGGAACUGCAUGUAAAACUACUAACCCAUGCAGGGCACUGGCUGUCUUCUUUUUCAUCAAUAUUUUUUAUUAAUUUACACUUUUGAUUUAUUGUCUUGUAUUUUGUAUUGAAAAUAAGUGAAAGGCUUCAGUAUUCUUAAGAGUGGCCUUAAAUGCUGUGAUUGGACAGGCUGCCGUUGAUCCCUUUCGUGAUUGGACGUCACUCGUUACUUUUAAAGUGAUUUCCCAUUUUUUACAUGUGUAUGUCAUUGUAUGUUUGUUUAAUAGCUGUUCAGGGGAUGGGGUAUUAGCAACCAUGAAAACUUCUACAAAAGGCUCUUUUAAUUAGCCACGUUGUAAUAAACUUGACUAACUUCUGCA